AUGGCUCUCAACAGUGACUUAAAUGGAAGACUUGCGUUGAUUACGGGUGCUUCUGGAGGCAUUGGAGCAGCUUGCGCCCGUGAUCUGUUCGCUCAUGGGGCACGUCUGGCUUUGACAUAUUCCACGAAUAAAUCAGCUGUCGAAGCCCUCAUCAACGAGCUGAAAACCCAAGACUCAUCCCGUCACGUCACGUCACAUAGAGUAGAUGUCAGCAACGCGCAUGAUAUUGCAACCCUUUAUGAACAAAUUCAAUCCCUCCACGGGCAGCCCGGACCGGAUAUCCUGAUUUCAAACGCAGGCUACGGCAAACGGAUUUCUAACAUUGUCGACAUCCCGCUAGAGGAAUUUGAAAAGAUGAUACAAGUCAAUCUUUUGUCCUCCUUCGUGCUGUCUAAGCUCGCCGUCCCAUACAUGGUCUCUCAACAGUGGGGAAGAAUCAUCUUCAUGUCAUCGAUUGCCGGAAUCGGUGGCGGAAUAAAUGGUUGUCACUACGCUGCUAGCAAGGCUGGUCUCACUGGCAUGAUGAAGAACUUGGCCACCAAAUUGGCGAAAGAUGGGGUCACCGUUAAUGAUGUGGCACCGGCGAUGAUUGGUGCUACCGGAAUGAUCCCAGACCCCAAACUCCUACAAGGGACACCUGGAGAUAUCUCCAACAUUCCAGUGGGUCGGUUAGGCACCCCGCAGGAAUGCGCUAAUGUGGUAAUGAUGCUCUGCAAGACUGGUUAUAUGACUGGACAGAGUAUUCUGCUUGCUGGCGGUUUGAAAUGA